UAUCCAACUGCCAGUAAAUGAUCAUAAGAACUUGUGAUCUACCGCAAUAAGCCCAUUUAGUUUCAAUUGCAUACAGUAAGUCAGAAUUGAAUGAUUUGACUAUUAAACCAAAAUCAUACAGCUUAUGCGUAAAGGUGACUGCUUGAGAAUAUAUCGCUUCGUUGGACAAGAGGAAAAGUUGAGACAUCCCCACGUAGACAAUUUGAUUAGUGGAAUAACAAUAUGGAAAAGUAGAAGCAUGUCGUAGGAAAAUCAGUCCGACGACAUUGAGUGAAUUUCUUGCACGUCGAAUCAUUCAAUGUUCUUCCAGAGACUCGAAGGUUGCGUGGGUGAGCGAGUGAGGAGGAUGGCAUAACAAAUAAUAAACGACGACGACUAAAACACUGCUGCGACUGCCAGGAUUGCCAUCAUCUCUGAAUUUAUUCUUGGACACGCACUUUUCCGUUUCACAUUAUCAUCCAUUUAUCGGAUCCACUUGUGUACCUCCAACUAUUUGUCCAGUGUUCAAACGGCAACGGGGGCGGUGGUACGUACACAUCGUAAAGGCAGAUGGUGGUAGUCAGAUUGAUACCGUCAUGUGUGUGAGUGUGAGGUGAAUGACUGAUUUAUAGGCGAACAGCGUUUGUACAGGAUUAAGAUAAACGGCAUCAAAUAAGUCAGAUGACUGCACGAGAUAUAGUAAUUUUUACCGUUUUGGUAAUUUUUACCUGAAAUUGCGAAAAGUUGAAAACAUAUUGAGAGUUGCAGCAACAAUGAAGAUAAACUCCCAAGAGAUAAAAUCAGUGCUGACUGAUGGUGCACUUUUUGUGAUUGAAUUUGUGUUUAAUUUGUAUCUCAAAGUUGCUCGAGUUGUGCUAAAGUUGAUAAUGCCGUUAGUAAAGCGAUUGGUGGUGGAGCGGAUGGAGUCGUACGGGUUAAAGGUGAAUGGAAAUGAAGACAUCGAUCCACAGGUUUACAACAACGAACUUUAUAUUCGAUCAGCGUUGGAGGGAGAGACCGGAAUGUACGAGAGUUUCAUGGACGGUCAUUGGACUUCUAGAAACCUGGUGGGAACUUUUGCACAGUGCAUGUCAACGCGACGCACUCGCGACAUUCUGCACCCUCUGAGUUGGACGCUCAACUUUUUCAACUUGCAGAGGGGCAAGCGUGUUUGGGCCGUGGGACAAAAGCACUAUGACAUUGGAAAUGACCUGUAUGAAGUCAUGCUAGGCAAACAUAUGCAAUACACUUGUGGGUACUGGGAAAAGGCAUCAGAAGGAGAUCUGGACACUGCCCAAUUCCACAAAAUGGAGUUGAUUGCUGAAAAGCUAAAGUUAAAGCCGGGCAUGAAAGUUUUAGAUAUUGGAUGUGGAUUUGGUACGCUCGCGCAUCAUCUUGCUGCCAAGUAUGGCGUUCAUGUCACAGGAUGUUCAAUUUCCAAAGAGCAGACGAAAUAUGGAGAAGAGUUGUGUCGUCGAGAUGACCUGAUGGACUUGGUCACUUUUGUGGUGCGUGACUAUCGUGACUUGGCGAUACCAGAAAAUAUUGGAAAAUUCGAUCGAAUUACAAGUGUUGGGAUGGUAGAGCAUGUAGGUCCGCACAACUACCGUGAAUUCUUCCAGAUAAGCAGCCAACUUUUGAAAGAAGAUGGGAUAUUUCUUCUUCACACGAUUGGGAACAAUCACCCCCAAUUGCCGUGUGUCAGCAUAUGGCUUCAUCGCUACAUCUUCCCCAAUGGUGUGAUCCCUUACUACACGAAAAUAUGCGAGGGUAUGGAAGGGUUCUACAUUAUCGAGGACUGGCAAAAUUUUAGUUACGAUUACGCAAAGACUAUUCAGUGCUGGCAUCGAAAUUUUGAGGCCGCGUGGCAUUCCGGGCUGAGAAAAAUGUACGGAGAUCGAUUUUAUAAAGUUUGGACGGUUUAUUUGAGUCUUGCAGAGGCAGCUUUCCUUUCUAGAUCCUUUCAAUUGUGGCAAAUUGUAUUGAGCAAGGAUGGACUCAAAUUUGGGUAUCCUAGUAAAAGACUUUUACAAAAUUGAUUAAAAUAUACUAAAUUCAAGGGGUUGAGAUUAUGUGACAGAUCAAUGCGUCAUAUUUAGAAUUAUGUCAGUUCAUAUAGAAUUUCGAAAUGCAUCUGUCAUCGCAUUUGUAAAUUUGUGCACGACAUGACUUUUAAGGAAGCCAAACCACAUUGAUUGAAUUGUCAAACUUGAACCUCGGUAUUGUACAAUAGAGAUUACGUAAGUUGUGUUAUGUAAAUGUAACGCGAACCCUGCUGUAUUGCGAUGCAAUAUGUGUUCAUUUAUUUCUGACUUUAACCUUAUAUUUCCCUUUGAGUAAACGAUCAAAUUCAUUAUGUAACAUAAUUGCUAAAUCUACGAAUGUAUCUAUAAUGAUCACCCUGAAAACAAAUAAGUAAGUCUGCAUGUUGAUCAAAGAGAAUAAAUGGUAUUUGGAUCCAACCUUUGCAAUAAAACAGACAAUUAAAUAACCA